UUCACGCCGUGUGCGUUGCUAGUACAAGCGAUCGGGUUCCGAUCAAUCAAUCGUAACAAAUCAAGACAUGUUGUCCAUUUAUGAAUCAGAGGGGAUGAGUCCAUUCAUAUUUUUUCAGCUUUAAGUUUAGCUUCUGAAAAGAGUCGAAACAGAAUGAGGCGUCAUUGACACAUUUUCUACAGCUGUUAAUUGGUUUGAUGUCAGGAGUGUCCAUGUAUACAAAGUGACCAUCAUCACCACCAUUAGCUGGCUAGAUCUACAGUUCUUCUGUGAAGAAGUGACAAUGUUUUACCUGGAUCCACAGAGCCUGGACUACAUCUUGUUCUUUCUGGCUACGGUCUCCAUAAUCUUCUUUGUUAUUUUCUGGUUCAUGACCAUUAUGUCUUUCAUAGGAGUGAAAUGUGUUCUGUAUCGGAAGUCGGACCUGAUCUCAUUUGAUGAGAAUUUAGCAGGAGUGUCUGUCGUUAAGCCACUGAUGGGAGUAGAUCCAUUACUGGAGGAAAAUCUAGAGAGCCAUUUUACUAUGAAAUAUCCCAAUUUUGAACUUCUGUUCUGUGUGCCAGAUGAUCAAGAUCCUGCCAUUAACCUUGUGAAAAGGCUGCAGGAGAAAUACCCUAAUGUGGAUUCACAGCUUUUUAUUGGUGGAAAGGAAGGAAUAAUUAAUCCAAUGGUAUUUAACAUGGCUCCAGCAUAUGAGAAUGCCAAAUAUCCCAAUGUUUGGAUUAGCACAAGUCGGAUCAAAGCAUCAUCAGAAAUCAUCCUAGAUCUUGCUUGUAAACUAAAGAAACCAAACGUAGGAUUAGUUCAUCAAAUGCCAUUUGUUACAGACCAGAAGGGAUUUGCAGCUAGCUUAGAAAAAGUAUACUUUGGUUGUGCCUUAUCCCGGUUUUACAUUGCCCUGAACCAGUUAAGCCAGGCUUGCUGUACAGGAAUGUCCUACAUGUUUAAGAAGUCAGUAGUGGAUGAUGUCAAUGGAUUGAUUUAUUAUGGAAAAUACUUGGCAGAAGACUUCUUCCUAACACAAGCUAUUCACAAUAAGGGAUAUAAGCUUGUUUUAUCAGCAUUUCCAGCCCAACAAAACGUGGCAGCACCGACAAUUAGAGCAUUUAAGGAUCGUAUGGUCAGGUGGAUCCGACUACGUAUCAAUAUGAUGCCAUUAGUAAGUGGGGUUCUGGAACCUCUACAUGAAAUUCUUAUUCUCUCCCUUCAUUCGUCUUGGGCCUUCUAUCAUUUUUUCGGCAUCAAUCCAUAUUAUUUUUUCACAUGCCAUGUCAUACUCAACUGUGUGUUGGACUACAUUCAGCUAUGUAAUAUACAGGGUGGACCAUUACUAUUUUCAAAGCUACAGUAUAUUUUUGUAUGGUUACUUCGUGAAAUUUUAUCAGCAUGGACAUUUUUAGAGGCAUUCAUUCAACCCAGGACUAUUUCCUGGGGAGCACGCACUUACCAAGUAAGACUAGGAGGACUGGUGACUUUAAUGAGGGACGAUACCAAAAAGUCCAAAUCCUAGCUGUCCGUGUCUUCAUUACAUUGUCAUAUCAUAGGUUCAUGUCCAGCAGCUGAUAUUUAGAGGUGUGUUUGAUACACAUUUAUGUAGAUUUAGCAGAGUGGCAUUCCAACAUUAUGUCAAGCAGACUAGAUGACAUAUCAUUGAGAAACAUGUAUAUGUGAAUCAUUUUGAUCUACAGGUAGAAAGCAUGUGUUAGCAUUUAGAACCAUUGAAAUCUUUUAUCAUAUUUAACUCAUUUCCAUUUUCAAGACAGAUUCGGAACCAAAACUGCAGCAAAGGAAUCUGGGUUUCAAUCCCUUCAUCAGCAAUAUUUUGUUAUAGUUGUUUUUAUAUAUAUGUAACUACAUUUGUAUUUGUAGAUCUUAUGAUAUGAUAUUUAUAUUUAAGGUGCAUUGAUUUGUCACAGAACUAUUUAUUUUUUGAUUUUUAACAUCAGAUUGGUUGAUUGUUGAAUUUUCAAAACACCAAGCUGCCUAUAAAAUAAAAGAAAACUAUUUUUGCAAGAAUUCUAUUUAUUGUUGACAGAUAAUUUUCUGAAGUUAUGAAGUAUAUGGGAUAAUUUGCUGGUUUUAUUUCCCAUUACAGUCAGUAAUACUCAAAGAAUUUGAGAGAAAAAAUUAGAUCAGUGCAUAAAUUAAGGAUUUAUUGAAUGAAAAAAUGUUUUUGAGAGUUUUGAUAUUAUUUCACCUUAAUCCAUAUUUCAUAUACUUAUCAGCAGUCACUUAAUUAAGACAAUCUUGUUUAUUUCUUAAAAUGUAUCUCUAAGAAUGUUUAGCCAUGUGUUUUGAGCUGCAAGUAAAAAUGUCUGUAUUUUAGUGGAGAUGACAAAAUUGUUCAUUUUGCCACCAAUGUUUGAGCUAUAACUUGUUUUAGUCUUGAAGUAAAAUUGCUUAAGGAUUAAAUUCCUGUAUAGGUGAUCUUUAUAUCCAUUGAUUCUAAGAAACCGUAUGUCAAAGUUAUACAUGAGGAAAUUGAAAAAAAAAAUGUUUUCAAUUAAUGAUUGUUAAAGAGAGAAUGACAAAUGAAUAACAUGUAAGCAUUUUAAAAUCACUUCAUAAACUGAUUUCAUAAAAAAAACAUUCAAUUUAUUAAGAUGAAGAAAUUACUUUCAUUUUCUCCUCUUUGUUAGAAGUACAGCUGAAUUUUGAUACCAUUAACACUGGUAUCUCAAACACCUUGGAUAGUGAUUUGGAAAAUUAAAGCAUUUUUUUUUCAUUUGUGUAUAAUUUAAACUCCAGUGUCUUGUAACCUAGUAGCUUCGAUAUCUCAAUUUUUUUUGGUCAGUUCCAGCAGGUUCUUUACAACAAGGUUUGACAAUGUUGGGUAACAUUAUUAAGAAUUUUAUAUGAAAGUAUUCCUUAAAUAUUUUCUUCAUAAAGUGAUCAAAAAUGCCUUAAGAAAUUUCAGGAAAAUUGAAAAUAACUUCUACCACAAUUGCUUUCUGGCCAAGUUUUUUGUAAAAAGCAAGUUUUACUGCAGUUUAAUUUUAUGUUUUUUAUCUGCAAAGCAAAAUAAAUGUAAUUAAAAAAUACUCCCAGUGGUUUGAUGUUGUAGAAUGUUAGAGAGUGUCUCAAAAAAGUGUUUUAUGUAUAAACUAUUGUAAGUAGAUGGAAAUUGAAUAUAAGUUUUUUUUAAUGAAAUGAGAAUGUCAAACCAACAGCUGUAAACUUUAUACUUAUAUUGACUUGUCAAAUAUGCCACAUUCUUUCAGAUAGAAUCUUCAGCUUUAGUGGUAUACAUGUAUAUAUGCUACAUGUAUAAAAAUUUUUCAAUUUUAUCAAGUCCAUGCAAACUGUAUUGAUAUUUAUAUCAAUAAUUGUUACGUAUAUGUAUUUAAAGGGUAGCAUGACAAUUUCUAUUUUGUUGUGGUAUGUAUAUUACAGUAUAUAUAUAUUUUUUACUUAUAGUAACUUGCAAUGAAUAUAUGUAGUGUAGAGAACUUUUGUUUUGUUUGUUUGUUUUUGGAAUGUACAAGGUAAAAUGCCAAAUAGUUAUUUUUCUCAUAGUUGUAAUAAAAUUUGUUAAGAAAAAAAUCACUCACAUUUCAGAAUCUCUGCAUCUUAAUAUUAGGGAAGUUGAAUUUUUUUUUUAAUAGGAAAUGGACUUGAUAGUAUCACUAUUAGUAAAUUAUAUUGCUGUAGAAUUACUUUUUUUACAGGUGAGAUUAAUUUAUGCUAUGUAUGCAAUCACACUUUUUCAGUAAAAAAAUUUCCAAAGUGUACUUAAUGUUGAAAAUAAGGUAAACAAUGGCAUUCCAAGAAAUCCAUGUAAUCUUUUUUUCGUGAAUUGAAUAGAAAUUGUGAUUCUGAAGAAUUAAGACCCCAUGGAAUAAAGUAUGUUGUUAGUUUAUCUGUGCAAAUGUCUCAAUGAGAAACUCAGAAUAGAAACACACUAUAGCUUCAUAAAAUAUGCAUCAAAAGCAAUGCAAGUGGGAAACAUUCAACACAGAGAAAAGCUUUUUUUUUUGUUUUAACCUGCAAAACACAGAGAUUUUGUAAAUGAUAUGGGUAUUCGUUAGCAUAGUCAAUAAAUGUGAAUGAUAUGGGUAUUUUUUAAAUAGUCAAUAAAUGUUCCUAUAUAUAAACAGGAGGCAUGUUUUUGUGCUUUUACCUGUACAAUUGCAUUGUCCAUUGAGGCAUUAUAAAGUUUGAGUGGAAAAUCCUAUGCAAGUUACUCUGUUGACAGAAUUGCAUAAUAUUUCUAUAUUCAUUUCCCCAAGAGGAUUUAGAAUGCUUUAAUUUUUUCCUAGAGGCAUGAAUCAAUUUCUUAAAAGAAGAAAUAUUUUAAUAUAUUUGACAUCUUUGUAAGUAGAAGCUUACAUAUUUAUUGAAUUAUAUUUAUAAAAUUCACGUACAUAGUUAUUAUCAUAUACUUUUGAAGGGUAUUAUUUUCCAUUUAUUUGUAUGUUUUUUUCAAUACAGGGAUACAUUCUGUUUUGAUGUGAACCCUUGAUAACUUGAGACAUUCCAAUCCACAUAUUUUACUUUUAUUGCAAGCCUCAUAUGAGAAAAUAUGUGAUGUACAUGACAGUGAGAGUAAAAUAUUAUUUAUGUA